UGGUUCUUUUCAUGAUAAAUAAUAUCACAUAUUUCAUUUCUGUUGAUCACUACCAAGGAGGGGGGGAAAUCAACUCAGGCGAAUUUAUGUUGGUUUUUUAAAAUCAAGCCAAUAUUUUCUAAUACACCAAAGCCCGACAAUGGCUUCUGAGGAGGAGUGCAUUUUGCUAGAUGUGGAAUUGGAUGACUUUAUUCUUUGCAACAUUUCUACUGCUCAGCGUGCAAAUCUCUCCCUUCUGAGUGAGGACUUGUUUUACUAUAGAUUUCUAUAUGCAAUCCCGACUAUUUAUGGAAUCAUCAUUUUGAUAGGGCUCAUUGGCAAUAUCACAUUGAUUAAAAUCUUCUGUACAGUGAAGUCCAUGAGAAAUGUCCCCAACUUAUUCAUUUCCAGUUUGGCUUUUGGAGACUUGCUUCUCUUGCUCACCUGUGUUCCUGUGGAUGCCAGCAGGUAUCUGUCUGCUGAAUGGCUCUUUGGUCGGGUUGGAUGUAAACUUAUCCCUUUCAUACAGCUCACUUCAGUGGGGGUGUCAGUAUUCACACUCAUGGCUCUCUCUGCAGACAGGUAUAAAGCGAUAGUGAGACCAAUGGACAUCCAGGCUUCCCAUGCACUGCUGAAGAUUUGUUUGAAAGCUCUCAUGAUCUGGAUUUUAUCAAUGUUGCUUGCUAUCCCUGAAGCUGUAUUUUCAGACUUGCGCCCUUUCUAUGACAAAGGCUCUAACAAAACAUUCAUUAGUUGUACGCCUUACCCACUUACCAAUGAACUGCAUCCGAAAAUUCAAUCAAUGGCUUCCUUCCUCAUCUUCUACAUCAUUCCUCUAUCUGUUAUUUCAGUUUACUAUUAUUUUAUUGCAAAAAAUCUGAUACGGAGUGCUUACAACCUACCAGUGGAAGGAAAUGUACAUGUUAGAAAACAGAUGGAAUCCCGAAAACGUCUAGCCAAGACAGUCCUGGUUUUCGUUUGUAUCUUUGCUUUCUGUUGGCUUCCUAACCACAUCAUCUACUUAUAUCGGUCAUACCACUAUUCAGAAGUGGACACGUCUGUUCUGCACUUUAUCACUUCCCUCUGUGCUCGAAUCCUGGCAUUUGCCAACUCUUGCAUAAACCCUUUUGCUCUCUACCUGCUCAGCAAAAGCUUCCGGAAACAGUUUAAUCACCAGCUGACAUGUUGCAAAACCCGUGAGCUCAUUCGGUCCCAGAGCACGAGCAGAAGCACCACACGGAUGGCAUCCCUCAAGAGCACUAACCACUCAAUGGUCGCAUUCAGUUUCAUCAAUGGCAACCAUUUCUGCCAUGAGGACAAUGUAUAGGAUGCAUCACAAAGUCACUUUAGCCAUUGCUGAAGCCAUCACAAAAUCUCUUUAGCCAUUGCUGCCUGUUUUGUUCUAGUUGUAACAAAUGUACAUAUGUACACAGAGAGUCAUCAGGGAACUUGCAACAUGGAAGUGAAGCUGGAUGCAGAGUGAAAGAGCUGCCCACACCUGCACAUGCUGUUCAGGGCAUUGCGUCAUAAUAGGCAGAUCCCUCACCACUUAGACAUGAGUGUUGGAGGCAUUCAAAACCUUAUGAGAUGAUCAGUCUGUUCUGUUGGGCUGGCUAUUGUAGAAGAGCUUGUGGCAGCCUCACCAAGAGGAUUGAGGAGAUUAUAGAAAAGUAACCGUUUCUGUAUAAGGGGCUUUCAGAAGAGGGGCAGGCAUUUUAUGUAGUUAUUGCUGGUAUUAGCCCAAGUACCUCAAGGUCCUUGGUGCUAUAUGAAAACAGCUGUACAAUUUAUAUUCUGAACACUGUACCCACAGUGCUGGCAUACAAAAUUGCACUGAUAAGGGGAUCAGUAUCCCCUUUCUGCAGGGAUGCCCUGGUGGAAUACUUACCCAAAAGGGAGGGCCCGACAUACUGAGUCAGUGUAGUGCAGUACAUGUGUCCUCAUUGCAACAGAUAGGUUUGUAUAUCCACAGAGAGGGGGGACAAAGUAGAUGUGAUGUAUGAACUCCCAAAAAGCUUUUCUUUCUUAAAAAGCAGCUGGAGAGGAAGCAAUGUGAAUCAGGGCACAAAAUUGUACCCUUAAGUUUUCCCAUUUGUGGCUAUAAGUGUGGGCGUGUAAUAUAAUUGCAGCUGCAUUUUGAGAUGGGGCGGGGAGAGACAUUAGGCACUCCAAACCUGGUGGGAACUCCUACAUCAUGUAUUGUUAAAUGAGAGAGAGAGAGAGAGAGAGAGAGAGAGAGAACAAUUUCACACAUAAUGUGGAACCUGAGGUUCCCCCAGCCUGAGAUAUGGAGGGAACCUGAUGUUGGUGCUGCUGCAGAUGAUAACAUAUCUUGGAAGUAGCCAAGUUAAGCCAGAGGUAUGCUCCCUGGCCAGGCCUUCCAGUGAGGCCUGCCUUGUCUUGCCUUGCAGCCAUUGGCCCUGAUGGUAAAGGGGAUGGGCUCACCAGCAGUUCAUGAAAAGUGUGGGUUCAGACCUAAAUAUACACCUCAGUGGAAACAGCACUCCAUUUGGCAAGUUAACUUUAAUUUUGGUUACACAUCACAGUCUGAGGCCUCAAAUAAAUCUCAACCGCCCUGAGCCAUUUUUGGAAGGGCAGUAUAGAAAUCAAAUAAAUAAUAAUAAUUGAAAGGCUGUGGCAGACGAAGACCAAAAUAAUCCCAGUAGUAAUUGGCGCCCUAGGUGUAAUCCAAAAGACCUUGAAGAGCACCUCAACACCAUAAGGGCCACAGAAAUCACCAUCAGCCAAUUACAGAAAGCAGCUUUACUGGGAACAGCCUAUAUUCUGUGACGAUAUCUAUAAUAAUAACACCAACAACAUUGACAAUAAAAUUCAGCCAUCUCAGGUCCUUGGGAAGGACUCAAUGUCUGGAUAAAACAAACCAGUCAAUAACACCUGUCUGACUGUAAACAAUAAUUAUAAUAAUAAAGUUCCUACCUCAGUGUGGUUUCAGACAAAUUGGUAACUGACUUUGCAAGUAGGUCCCAUGUUAUGUGUGAACUUGCCGUGAGGGGGAGAGAGUGAGAAUGGAUUAUUGUCAUGGCCAUUUUCAAAAAUUGGUCUGUAUUCUUUUUCUGGCUUGGAUGAUAAAAUCCCAAAAAUCUUACUCAGUUUUUAAGUAAUGAGACUUCUGGAAAUAUAUAAGGCCCCAGGUUUCCUUUGCCUACUCAUUCUUAAGAGAACAUCUUUAUGAUUUUGCUUUUUAUAUUCAAGUAAGGUAGCUAUCCUAAGCACACUUAGCAGGGAAUAAGUCUCACUGAAACCAGUGGGUCUCACUUCCGUUUAUGCAUGCUUAAGAUUGUGCUGCUCAUCGAUGACAUGAGCAAAGUGCGAGGAGGAGGAGGAGGCGGCAGCAGCAGAUAUUAAUGAUAAUUGUCAGGAAUCUCUAGGUAUUUUCAGUACAGUAUUACUCCGUGUUGUAAGAAGAUGUGAAGAGAGUCGUGUUUACCCGGGUUUGGUUGCCCCCAUAAACAGUAUGUUGUACACAGUCUAAAUGUGAAAGGCGAUACCAUCACAAUAAAUGUGAGUUUAACUAUGUUUACAGUUUCAAGUGUGUGUAUUUUGCCAUAUUUGGGGUGGGGUGAGGUGAAGCACAGCACUUUCUAAAUGUUAUUAAAUAUUCAUAUCUGUCUCUUGAGGUCAUGCAUUAAUGGAUGUCAAAAUAUGUCAUGUAGAGCUUUAGAUACAUUUAAGAAUGAGGAGCAAAUGUAAACUGAAACACAGAUUUC